AUGAGCAGCAGCGUCCAGCGUUUCUUGGGCAGACGGGAUCGCCGAUCAAAAGUACUUCUACCCUUUCCUGCCUCCUCUGAUUCUGUCAACAUUGCGACUCCUGCUGACCGCGGCCUCUCUCUCGCUUUGCAGAAUCUCCCCGACGCAGGCGCUUUUGGUGGCCUUUUCGUUCCCGAAGACAAGAAGAAGCCCGAGAAAGAGGAUGAGAAGAGGACGCGUUCACAGAUCAAGGCAAUUCUCGCUCGGCUGCAGAAAUAUGGAAUCACUACCUUCACCGAAGCAAAUGUCAACUACGCGUUGCAAGCUACAAACUCGGCGGGCAAUGGCGACGAAGCCAUGCGGUUGCUGCUCCUCCUCGAGGAUACGUACGAAGGCUUGGUCAAGAUGUACGACCCCUCGACCAAAUUGCUUGGAGCGGAGAACCGCAACGGCGUGACCUGUUACCUCGAUGCUCUCCUCUUUGCCAUGUUCGCGCGCCUUGACAGCUUCGAGGCCAUGCUAUACAACUCGUUUGAUGACCUCCCUCGGAAGAAAUUGGCCGGUCUAUUGCGUCUAUGGGUCAACAUGCUGCGCUCUGGCAGACUCAUCACUCGAGACAUUGUACGUGUUGGCUGUCCGAAGACGGUUCCCUCGUCACCGCUGACCUCUCCGUCCAGANCAAAAUACCUGCAAGACUCGCUCGCCGAAUGUGGUUGGGAAUCAGCAGCCGAGCUGUGUCAGCAAGACACUUCCGAAGCUUUUACCUUCAUUACUGGUCAGUUAGAGCUCCCACUACUCACCCUCAAGAUGGACCUGUUCCACACCGGCAAGGAAGACCCAGCCGAUGACCACAAGUUUGUCAACGAACGCCUGCUCGAGGUUGCGGUUGCUACGGAACCGCCCGAGGGAAGCACCGUCGUUACUCUCGAAGACUGCCUGGAAAACUACUUCAACAACCGCAUCGAAGUCAAACGUCAUCUUGACCGACGCAAUACGCUGCAGUCCGUAAGGUCCAACGAAGCACUCCGCCGGAUCAACUCGUGUGAAAAAGGUGGAGCUAUGCACGUCGAGACGGUCGAGUACUUUGACCAGGCAGUCACACCAAGACCGGAACCUAGUACUCCAGUCAAAUCGCCUUCCUCCACACCUAGCACGCCGAUCAAGUCUCCCCUCGAUAAGAUCAGACCCGGUGUGAAUAGAAAGCGUGCCGAUAGCAUCUUCAGUCAGCGAAGAGUGGCAGAGUCAAAAUCGGACGAGAAGAAGAGACCGGAUGAUGCGAAACAUACUUCCGGACGGCCGCGUAAGAACUCGGUUCGCACCGAGGUUUUGAUGCCUGCCUGGCAGUUCUUCAAACUACUUCCAUGGUAUACUGAGAACAUCGUCCCUACCAGCGACGCCCAGGUCGCUGCCCAUUUCUCCAGGAAGCGCCCAAUGCUCGGCAUCGCUCUCAAGAGAUAUCAAUACUCCAACACGGGCGUCGCGAGUCGUCUGGACACCUUUAUUGACAUCCCUCUGGAGAUCGCUGUGCCUAGCUUUGUGUCUGACGACGAGAUGGAAGACCAUAGCCCGCUUGUUGGAAACUUCAAGCUUGUUCUUCAAUCUGUCGUCUGUCAUCGUGGUGUGUCGGUCAAUUCGGGUCAUUAUGUUUCACUGGUCCGAGGACGUGCUGCCAAUGCUCAAACCACUGCUCAAAGUGUUGACGAGCGCUCUGAUCGUCCCGACACUGCUGAGAGCACCGAAGAAGAAGACCCUUGGAUGUUGUUUGAUGACCUCGCCAGAGAACGCGUCACCUACAUCGACAUCAAUCAAAAGCUAAAGGAGGAAUGCCCCUAUCUGCUGUUCUACCAGGUGCAGCCCAUCGAUGAAGAACUCGUACCCGAUGCGCCUCCAACUUACGAUGAGGCCAUGUCACGUCAUCCCUCAGAUUCGCUCGAGUAUUCUCCUGAGAAACUCAAGAAAAUCGGCAGCGAUGAAAAUGACAUGGUUUUGGUCGAGUCUUCCUCACCAACAUCACCUAACGGACUGACGGGUACCGAGACGGUUGACUGGACAGUGUCUUCUAACAGAACAAGUCUAGACAUACGUGGAAGGACAAGUCUGGAUGCACGUCGCAGCAGCAUGGCGGACGACGGUAGCGCCGCUGGCAGUCAAGCCACCACUUCGGUACCAUCGACGCCAAUCGACGAGUCGCGAGGUAGCUUCCUUGGUAUUCCGUCUAGAAGAGGUAGCAAGGUCAGCACCAAGAAGACACCAAAAUCGCGCCCAGGCUCUACGGAUGGCGGAUCUCGGUUCAGUCUGAACAUGAGCAAACUCACUAGUCGUGUAAGCCGGACAGAUCUCACCAACCUCGCCUCGGCAGCCGAACAGGAUGAGGAUCUGGCCCAUGGCAAAGACACUGAAGGGCCGCCGACGGUCAGUGGUAGCGAGGCGUCUGUCGAGAGUCUCAAGAAUCUUGAUGCCAAGAUGGCCGAAAAGGCGGAGAAAGAGCGCAUUGGCAGAAGCAAGGUCAGGAAGGAUCGAGGUGAUAAAGAAGGACAUUUCCAUCGCAAGCGGAAAACAGAGAAACCGGACAGGGAGUGCGUCGUCAUGUAA